GCCGCUUAAGGGCGCCGUUAAAGCGGGUCACCGAAAGUGUGGCUUGCCGUCAGCCCGUCGUCACACCGUGUCCUUUCGGGGAUGGGGUGAAUUUCCUCUCACGCCACGUGUGUCCCUGGGGGUUUUAGCACGGCGUAUUUAGGCUUUGAAAUCAGUUGCUAGAAGACAAAAUGAGAAUGCAGUUCCGCAUGGCCAAAACGGGCUUGUGUCGGUACCUGGCCGAGAGCUGUGGUUCCCCAUCCCUGGAGGUGCUCCAGGUUGGGUUGGAUGGGCCCUGGGCAGCCUGAGCUGGUGGGGGCAGCCCUGUCCAUGGCAUGGGUGGGAGAUGGAUGGGCUUAGAGAUUCCUUCCAACCUAAGCCAUUCAGUGAGUCUGUGGUAGCUUUGUGUGAGCUAUUUGGUGUAAUAAAUGCCAGUGUAUUAACAACAUUGAGGACAUACCCUGGAAAUAAGGGGAGGUACUGACUUGAAAUACGUAUCUCCGCUAAUCUGUUGUUCUUCUAGAGUUUGUUUGUUUUAUUAUUUUCUUCACCCACAUCAGAUGUUUAGAACACCAGCACUGACUUCAUGCCAGUGGGAAGGCUCCCAUUCAUUUCAGUUAGAAAUUAAUUGGAAUCUAUGACAAAUAUUUUAUUACAUAAUGAAACUGAGUAGAUAAUCAUUUCUAACUCAUUUUAUAAAAGGUUGCCAUUUGAUACAUGUAGACUGCAGCGAAGUGGAUUAAACAGGUUACAAACAACAGCCCUGGGGAAGGCAGGGCAGGGGGUACCCGGAGCCCUUGUGGAUGUGCACAGUGCUCUCUUCAUCUGCACUCUUGUGCCAGGCAAUGACAUUAUUUCUGCUGGGACUGCUGAAAUAACAUGCAUUACAUUUGGUCAUACAGAGCUAGUAAAAAUUCUGGAAGGGUCUGGGCGUUUUCACCUCCUUUUAAGUGAAGCAGAAAUCAAACGUUCAUUCCUUACGGCAGUGGCUUAGCACUCUGCAGGACCCCGAGCACCAGCACAGGCACACAGUGAGGGGGAUCAGUUCCUUGCUGCCAUCCAUCCUGCACAAGGCAGGAAUUUGUUCAUCCGUACGUGUUCAGCGUAAGUGCUGCGUAACAAAAACUUAACGUGUGUUUUUCUGUGGAUAAACCAUCUCUGUUGAUGCAGAUAUUUGCUGUUGCAAACUGUUUCUGCACAUGCAAGUUGCAGGAGGGCUGUCUGGUGUGCUGCUGAUUAGGUUUGUACAGUGAGUGGCAGCCUUGGACAAAAUCCAAAUCAUACAUUAAUAUUAAUAUUAAACCGAUGUAAGUUCGCUCAGAAUAAACAGUAAUCAGCAGCUAACUUAACAGCUCUAGUGGGUUGUGCACGCUACUACAGGACUCUUUGUUAGAUGAUUCCUGAUGGACACUUCACAUUACUAGUUGCUCAGAGGAGGGGAAUGAAAUUGUUUCCCUGUUACACGUAUGUUAAGGAAGAAAAUGAUAACUAUUUAGUCACAGCUUUGUGUUUUUUAAAUAUUUUUCUUUAAAAAAUAGAAGGAAAGAAGAGACCAAUGGAAAAGUUCUCACCUGAAAAAAAAAAAGAAAAAAAAAAGAAAAAAAAAAGAAAAUCUAAAUACUAAUGUACCAAAUACUACAUACUAAUUUGGAAUGAGCAGAACCAUCUAGCAGCACAGUCUUUUUUAUAAAACAGUGUAACUAAAGGAUGUUAGUACCUAUAUAACCUAUCUGUUGGGUGUGUUCACAUAUUUUUGAUAAUUCAAGGUACUCUGUAUUAUUCUGUGGCUCAUUUAUUAUAUUCUCUGUCAUAUUUACUGCGGCUGCUAGGGAAGGGUUAUGGUGAAGUCAGAGGCAAUGAAGAUGGGUGCUCAUCUAACAGGUGCUCCACUCCCUUUGUUCUGUGUAUACACAUAUUCAAAUCAGACAGGGCUGGGGACAGGAUAGGGCCUGUUAACUCGUUGCUGAUUUUCCUAGCAAAUAAACCAGCAGGUGCUGGUCCCAGCUCCGUCUUAGCACUGAGAAGAAGGUGGUGUUUGUAUGGGACAGGAUGCUUUCAUGGAGCCCUCUAGCCAGCUUAUUUUGUGACUUAAAGUGCCAAGUGUAUUUUCUGCUUGUAGGUAUUUGUUCUGCCUUGAAGCUGACAGUACCAUCUCAUACUAUCCAUGGUAUCGAGGGGCAACCACUCCAGCUCACUGUUGACUACAAUUUCAACACUACAGCUUGUGAAAUCCAGAUAAUUUGGCUGUUUGAGAAGCCUCGGAGUAAUCCAAAAUACCUGCUUGGCUCUGUAAACCAAACAGUAGUACCAGACUUGGAAUAUCAGCACAAGUUUACCCUCAUACCACCUAAUGCAUCUUUGAUGAUCAAUCCAUUACGUAUCAGUGACGAGGGCAAUUAUAUUGUGAAAGUCAAUGUUCGUGGGAAUGGGACAGUAGCUGCCAGUGAAAAAAUUCAUGUAGCUGUUGAUGUACCUGUCACACAGCCAAUUGUGCACACUGAGCCAUCUUCAGGGGUAGUGGAGUACGUGGGGAAUAUUACGUUAAAAUGUACCGUGGGAAAAGGCACAAGGGUAGUUUACCAGUGGAUGAAAAAUGGAAAGCCUCUCCAUGCUGGCCCUAAUUAUACUUUUUCAUCAAACAAUGCUACGCUUCUAAUUGUUCCUGUUGCAAAAGAAGAUGUUGGGAACUACAGCUGUUUGGUGUCCAACCCUGUCAGUGCAAUGGAAAGUGAGAGAAUUGCACCAACAAUAUAUUAUGGACCUUAUGGACUCCGAGUCAAAUCAGACAAAGGUCUGAAGGUAGGAGCGGUGUUUACCGUCAGCGUAGGGGAAGCCGUACUGUUCGACUGCUCAGCUGAUUCAAACCCACCAAACACUUACUCGUGGAUUCAAAGGGCUGACAAUACCACUCAUGUAAUCCAAUAUGGACCCCACCUGGAAGUUAUGUCUGAUACGGUGGCUCAGAAGACAAGAGAUUACAUGUGCCGCGCUUUCAACAACAUGACUGGAAAACGAGAUGAGACUCACUUCACAGUGAUCAUUACCUCUGCAGGACUGGAAAAAUUGGCUCAGAAAGGAAAAUCUUUGUCAUCUCUUGCAGUAAUAACUGGAAUUUCAUUAUUUUUGAUCCUAGUUAUGAGCUUUCUAUUCAUAUGGAAAAGAUAUAAGCCACUUAAAGUGAUACAACAGAAGCUGCAGAGAAGGCCAGAGGCUGACUACAGAAAGGCACAGACAUUUUCAGGACAUGAAAGUGCUUUGGAUGAUUUUGGGAUAUAUGAAUUUGUGGCUAUUCCUGAUCAUGGCAGCAGUUCCAGGGUUUCAAGUCAGCCUGUUCACAGCUCUGACAUUGCGCCAGGCCAGGACGUACUUAGUACAGUUUAUGAAGUCAUUCAGCACAUUCCCAAUCCGCAGCAGCAGGACCAUCAACAGUAAGUUAUAACCUGUAUGCACACAUGUGGUAGCUCAAAGACAAGGACUUCCGUGUGCGACUGAGACUGAACAAUUCACACAUUGAUGGCUGGUGUUGAUUCCAGUGAGAGGGUGAAAGCAGCAAAAAAAUGCAAGAUACAUCAUUCCUUCCCUGGUCUGUGUACAAUCCCCCCCCUUCACGACUCUAGCCUGAAAUUUUAUCAUGCCACCUUUGUCUAAGUGUGAAGAGAGAGAGUUAAGAUCUUCAAACACCAUUUCAAAGGAAAAUUCCCAAGUGCUGUAAGAGGUUUCACAGCACUGAGUUCUGAGCAAUUCCCAGUCAGCAGGUUAAAUCUUCAGACAAAGACCUGUCAGCCAUGUUCCAAAAAAAGUUGGGGGUUUUCUUCAGUGUUGAAACUGUUCAAUUGACUGAUGACCAAAGAUUGCUUGCAAUGGUCACAGAAAUACUAACAGGCAGUGCUUCGUUAUCUGAGUAGCUGAUGUCUUAAUUUGGGUCUUAAUUAAUAAUUUAGAGCAAAAGAAGUAAUGUUCUGCAGUACUCUGGCUGGUACUCCUGGUUUUGUUCACCUUCUUUGUAGUACCUCUUGGCAUAAGAAUAGCGAACGCACUGUAAAGUUUUUGUCAUGGCUGUAUAGCUGCCAUAAAUCUACUCUGAAUUUUGGCUGUCUUCCUUGCGAAUUAACAAUAGCUCACAAGACUUUAUUUGUUAACAACCCUAUUUUAUCACAUUUUCCAUGUUUUUACUAUCUGUUCAGUUUCUUAAUGGUUGAAAAGAAAAGCACAUAUUCUUCAAAUAUACUAAGCAGUUGGCUGAGUAUGUGACAACAUUAGUGUUCAGUAUUUACAUUACUAGAAAUGUGCAGGUUACAAUUGCAACUGUGCAUCUAAAUUAUGUAUUUGUAACCAUGAUUAUAAAAGAAAGCUGACUGGUGACAAGCAAAUAAUGAAUUACUGAUGACAUUUUUGUAUCAAUCAGAUUUUUUAAAUCAGGUGUAAAAAUAGCAAUCAUAAAGUACAUUUUUUUCUUAAUUUUAUGUCUCCCAUCUCAACUUUUUUCACUGAUACAUCACUCUUCUAAAUGGGUUCAAAGUGAAGGCAAACUGAAUUUUGUGACAGUUCAGAUUUCAACUCAGUAUUCUGUAGUUGUAGAGAAUUCACUUGCAUAGCCACGUUUCACUCUCUUCAUUUAACCAGAUUUUACAAAAGAAGUAUGGGAGCAAAAUUUCCACUAACAAAACCAGGGGGGGCUGCUGAACAUGAUAAAGGGUAAAUGACUCCGCUUAGAAAAACUGCUCUUGUGAAUUUUCCAAUUCCUGAUCUACAGCAAAGAAGCACUCUGACUAGUGAAUAAAUCAGGAUAAUAAAGUCGAUACUUGGUUUUGCAGCAGGAUGCCUCAGCACUGAGCAUUAGGAAAAAGUAAAACGUCGCAAAACAGAGAAUGGAACUGGGGAAGUAAUUCCAAACUCCUGUAGUGCUAAGCAGUGAUUGCCUAUGGAUGGGCUCCUUGGACUUGAUAUGCAGGCAUCUGUACAGUAGCCAGCUACAUUCAUGGAGAAUGAUAGAGGAUUUUCCUUCAUUCUGCUGACAACGGGUUUCUCUUUUUAAAAAACAAAAUAAUGGAUGUUAAGGUAGCUGAACAGGUCUCCUCCUGUGCAAGUGAUGAUUUUGCUCAUAUUCUCAGUAGUCUUAUCAGGGACUGCUGUCAUUUCAUAAUUUUACUAGAAUUAAAAUCAUGGAAAAAUAGGUAAAAAAUGUGGUUUCAUAAUUUAAUGCCUAGAUUUUCAGCCUGAAAAUGGUCCAAAUCCUCUCUAUGAACCUGAUGUCUGCAGUGUCAGCUGAUGUUCUGUCUCUUGCUAUAGAAAUCCCAGUGACAGUGUUGGCAGAACGCUCUGGGAAUCACUUUUUCCUAACAGUUUUCCUUACACUUUUGUCAUCUUUUUCAUUCAGACACACACAUGCAUCUAUGCCUCUAAGCACUAAUUAACUGUAAGAUGUUUAACUGUGCUGCAGGUCUUAAAAUACAAGAGUGCUGCUGAAAAGUAAUUAAAUACUUAAACUCCCCUUGGUUUGAACUAAGGGAUUCAAUAUCUAAUUACUGUUAAAAAAAAAAAAAAACUGACCUGGGCCAAUAGCUGGAUUGGCACUUUUGGGUUUUAUAGUGAUAUUAGUUGCUACAUGCAACAUUAUUUUGCAGGUUUGCCCCCUUCUCCCAAGAACUGAAGUGGAAACAUGAGAUAUGUUUGUGAGGAAACUGCCAAGCUCUAUUUCUGGGAGAGAGUCACAGGAAGUUAUGUGGCAGCAGCAUAUUCAGUGAUUGUAUUAAAUGCACUCCUGCACAUAUUCUAAACUAGAUAUCAGUAGUGACAAACUGGACAACAAACAUUUCACAUAUUGCCAACCCAUGACACAUACAAAAGAGAUCAUAAAAUGGCUGCAAAAGCCAUCGAGCAAGUUUAACCAGUUCUUGUACGUAAGCACUGACAAUUCACAUUCCUGUGACUCUUUAGCAGGUGCUGAGUGCAUUACUGCUGAAAAUACAUGAAGAACUCAAAAUAUUUGUACCAAGAAAGCAGCAAUGUGCUGUGCUGUAUCAGCACUGAUGGCAUAAUUUAUUUGUAGCUCAGACAUGUUUUGCCACUGGUCUUACCUUUCAAAACUAGAGAUCGUUUAAUGUUCACAGUAAAAAUUCAGCCAAAUGUACCCUCAUUCAUGCUAAAGAACUGUUUUCCUUUUGUGCUUAGAACUGCUGCUUUUGGUAUAUGUUUGCAACAGUGUUUUUUAAUAAAAAUAAAUAAAGAAGGCAUUGUGGACAACCAUUAUC